GGGGGGGCUGGGAGCCAGGGCUCCUGGGUUCUCUCCUGGACUAAGGCUCCUCAAUCACUUUAGCUCUUUGGAAAACGCCCCUGGCAGCACAGGGGGCAGGCUGAGGGGCAGGUGGGUAACGUGAGCAGGUGGGGGGCGGCUCAUUGGGGGGGGCGGGGGGGCGGGUGUGUGUCCUGUCUGAGCACAGAGGGUUCAGUUCUCUCCCCCCAUCUCUGUGACUCUGUAACUGAAGUGCGGGGUGGGGGGAGGCCCCUGGCCCCCCGUGUCAGGGUGGGGCUGGGAUGAGGGCGGGGGGUCCCGGGCUGCCCCCCCCCACAGCUGUGCCGGAAUCUCACUUCCUCCCUGGCCCGGCCGCGUGCGUCUGUCGCAAUGGGCAGGACACGCCCGUGGUGCCCAAUCCCCGGGGGGGCGGCUCCCGGGGCCGACAUCAACCCCCCCUGCCCCACACAGCACAGCGGGAUCGCGCCCCACACGGCAUGGGGGGCCCAGGCAGCUUCCUCCUCCUCCCACUCCUCCUGCUGGGGGGCGCUGAGUCACGGUCGCACUCCCUGCAGUACUUCCUGACGGCCGUCUCGGAGCCCGGCCCGCGGGUGCCCGAGUUCACCGUGGCCGGCUACGUGGACGGGCAGCGGUUCGUGGAGUACGACGGCGAGGCCCAGCAGAUGCGGCCCCGGGCGCCCUGGAUGCAGGCGACCCAGCCCGAGGUCUGGGAGCAGGAGAACCACGUCCACAAGGUGCGUCAGGCCUGCUUCCGGGGCAAGGUGCGGAGCCACAUGCACCUCUACAACCAGAGCAGGGGCUUCCACAUCUUCCAGUAUGCCUACGGCUGCGAGAUCCGGGCCGACGGCAGCACCGGGGGCUUCCGGCGCUUUGGCUACGAUGGGGGCGACUUCCUGAUCUAUGAUGCCGCCCGGCACCACUGGGAAGCUCCCGCCCGGGACGCCGAAGCCACCCAGCGCCGGUGGAACGGGGACCCGGUCGCCCUGCAGUACUAUCGCCACUUCCUGGAGCGGGAGUGCGGCGAGGCCCUGCACCGCUACCUGCAGCUUGGGCAGGGGGCGCUGGCCAGGCGGGAGCGCCCGGCCGUGCGGGUCACCAGCAGAGAUGCCCCUGACGGCCCCACCACCCUCUCCUGCCGGGCCCACGGCUUCUACCCCCGGGACAUCGCCAUGAGCUGGCUGAGACACGGGGGGAGCAGCGAGCAGGAGACGUGGCGAGGGGGGGUCCUGCCCAACGGGGACGGGACCUACCACACCUGGGCCACGGUGAAGAUCGACCCCCAGGAGAGAGGCCUGUACCACUGCCGUGUGGAGCACGAGAGCCUGGCCGAGCCGCUCAUCGCCGUGUGGGAGCCACCGUCCGACUCGCUGCUGGUCCCGGUGGUGGCGGGCGUGAUCCUGGCCCUGGGGGCGGUCGCCGUGCUGGUCGCCCUUGUCUGGAGGAGGAGGCAGUCAGGGCCCAAGGCGGAUCUGUUCUUGCCGGCGCCGGCCAGCGAGCAUGGAUCAGACAGCUCCAUCGCCACUCUAAUGUAGCCGGUCGGAGCCGGAGGAGAAUCCAGACUGGGAAGACACGGACUGACCGGGGGGGCCCCGACCCCCCACCUCCCCUCAGCGUUAUCUCCCUGUUACGCCUUGCGUAGGGCCUCGGAGCUGUGCCUGGUGCUUUGGUGAACAGCCCCACGUCUCCUGAACCUCCAGCCUCCCUAGGACCCACUGCUGGGGGGCUGCCUGCCCUGUGCUCUGUGUGUCGGCCACAGGACACAAACUGGCCAGCCCCAAAGGGCAUGGCCGGCCCCAUUCGCUGCAUGGUUUAUUUAGUGUGUGAGCCCCUUGGGGCAGGGACCAUGGCCUCCGUAUCUCUGGGGUGCAAGGAGCCCCCUCCCAGCAGCCCCUGGGGAAGGGUUCUUCACAUGGAAAAUCUCAAUUUUUGGCCAAAAACUUUUGGUUGAAAACCACAAUAUUCCAUGUGGCGAAGCUGCCGCAGUGCCUCGUGGGAGCUGGAGUUCGGGUGCCCUGUGUGCCCACUCUCUGUAGGCUGGGCUCCCUCGGGGCAUCCUGGGCGUCCCUGCUGGUGGGAGCAGCAUGGUCUGGGAGCCAGGACUCCUGGGUCCUAUUCCCAGCUCUGCUGCUGGCUCGCUGUGUGGCCCUGGGCGAUUCCCGUCCUUGUUCUGUGCAUCCGUUUCCCUUUCUUGAAAAUAGGGAAAAUACUUUAAUUCCUGCCCCGGGGGGGGGGUGUGUGUGUGUGUGAGGGUGCCUGUUACAGGGCCUUGUCCCAGAAGGGGGGUGUGUGUCUGUUUAAAGCACUUUGAAGACUGUCCCAGCAGCGGCGGGGGGAGGGUUCUGACGCUGGCCGCACUCGGUGGACCCGCAGAACCGGGGUCAGACAUUUCCCUGGCUCUGACCCGCUGCUGUCACUACCCCAGAACCAGGCACAAACCCCUCGCUCUGCCGUGUGCGUUGUCACAGGGAUACGGACACGGCCCUUUCUGUGUGCUGCCCUGGGCGUGCGCGUCCGGCGCGGGGGGCUGUGUGCGGCCCCUGGGCCUGCAGCUGUCGGUUCUGUCCCGUGGCUGCGGCCAGGGGCCUGCAGCUGCUGUUUGGGUUCUCGUCGGCGUGAGACGGACCAGCUAGAGACUGUUACAGCUGCUGUUAAAAUCACCUUUUCAUUUGCUAUAAAAGUUGACACGAAAUUAACCAAACAACCCGUUUUUACCUCAUGGAAGUGAAAUGUUGGGCCGUGUCAGGCGAUAACGAUGGAAUGGUUCGUUUUGCCAUUUCCCCACCACAUAGUUCAUUGAAAUCGCCCCGUUCCCAGCAUUUGAUCGGCCGCGUUUCUGAAUGAACCGAAUUUUUGUUAGGUGGUUUCUAGCCCUGCUGGUGCCUGGCAACCACAACACCCCGAAGGGCUCAAACCCACAGGAUAUUUAAACAGAACCAGGAUUUUGAAAAGCCUCCAUGGGUUUUUUAAGCUGAUCUCAAAAUGUCAGGGGGCCUGGCUGGUGAUUUCUGACCCCUUGGAGUUACAGAUUCAGCCUCCCUCCUCGGUGACCCCCCUGCUGCGCUCUCGGGGCGGGCUCCUCAGUGGGUGGAGAUCAGCAUGGCCACGCCGGGGGUGCUGGAGCUGAGUUACCCCAGCGGGCCCGCUGGCCCAUCUGUCCUGGCCAUGCUCCAUCUCCCACUGUGUGGCGUGGGUGAACCCCCCCACCGCAACCCCCCCCCCGGUUCACAGCCCGCAGGUGAACACAAAUGCACCUUUUGGAACUUUUUACAAACUCAUGGUUUUUGGGGCCCCAACCCCUGGGGUUCAAAUGUCCAGGGCUGGCAAUGCUGCACCUGCAGAACUGGACCCUGCCCUCUGGGUGGGUUUCCAGUACCAGCCUGCUUCCCACUCAGCAUCCACACACGCCCCAUUGACUGGUCCCCUAUGCAGCUGGACAUCUCCGUUCACAGCUAUGGGGGAGUGUAUAGGACCCCCUACAGAAGAGCAUGGAGCCUGCCUGGGGAUGGGGUGCAAAUCACCUUGUGCCCCACAGGGCAGGGAUGCCGUA